GAGCUACAGAGAAGGGGGGCGUGUGUGUACGUGUGUGCGCGUGUGAGGUUGAGCGAGGGAGGACGCCGCAGGAAGCUGCACCCGCACGAGGACAUUCGAGUUCCGGUCGCACGUGCCAACAGAUCCUCCCGCGGACCCCCGUACUGAGGACCCCCGCCUUGGACGUCUUGAUGUCUCGGCGCACGUGCGUGUUCCUGUGGCUGGCGUGCAGCUGCGUCACGGCGCGUGCAGAAAAAAGUGAGGCCAGGGUGUUGUCCUUGGUGCAGUUUGCAGGUUGGCCAGCAGAAAGCGCUCAGCAGAAGGCAAGGGGCGCCCCCUCCCCCACACCGCCACCACUCUAUGGAGCACCCCGGCAGGAGGAGCGGAGCCCCCCACCUCCAGGACCCACACUCGCGCUCACGCACACACCAACACGUGCGCCUGAGGUAAAGGAUGAGGCCACGCCCCCAGAUUUGGACGCAUCAGCAUCAUCAUCAGAAGCUUCCAGCUGCUCUGUGACCUUCACGCAGCCUGAAGGUUACAUCGACUCGUCAGACGCAAUUCUCUCGGCCGGCGACAUAUGCUGCACGUACACCAUCACGGUCUACGCGGGCUACGGCGUCGAGCUGCAGGUGAAGAGUGCAAACCUGUCGGACGGCGAGCAGCUGUCCAUCAGGGGCGUGGCCGAGAGCGGGGCCUGGCUGGUGCUGGCCAAUCAGACGCUGCUGGUGGAGGGUCAGGUCAUCCGCAGCCCCAGCAACACGCUGAGUGUCUUCUACGGAUCCACGCGCAACAUCAGCAACAUUGGAGCCUUCCUUUUGCACUACCAGAUCUUUCGUCUGAGUUGUUUGCUCCCCAAGAGACCCCACUUUGGGGAAGUGUCUGUGUUGGACCUACUACCCGGGGGCACCGCCCGCUUCCACUGCCACAUGGGCUACCACCUGCAAGGGGAACCGCUGCUCACCUGUGUUAACGCCUCUCGGCCGGUAUGGAACAAGAAGGAGCCCACCUGUAGAGCUCUCUGCGGUGGCACCGUGAAGAACGCCACUCUGGGCAGGGUCCUGUCCCCCUCACCCUACCACUGGUCCAACGUCACCAGAGUUCACUCGUGCUCCUGGUCCCUGGAGGCCGCCAAGGAGCAGAGGUUGCACUUGCACCUGGAGCGCCUCCUGCUCGGACCCUCGGACAGAUGUUUUCCGGCCAGGCUGGUUCUGUGGAGCGGCCUGGAUGUCGGUUCUGUGGUGCUGUUCGACUCGGGUCGGAGUGGACAUGUCCCUUUUGAGGGGGUAAUCAGCGAGGGUCCUGUCGUGAAGAUCCAGUUCUUCAUGGAUCAGCCAGACCAAAACACGGGAUUCAACAUCCGCUAUGAAGCCUUCGAGCGAGGUCGCUGUUACGAGCCGUACCUCCAGAACGGCAAUUUCAGCACAUCGGACCCCCUGUACGGCGUCGGCGCAGUGGUCCAGUUCACUUGUGAUCCCGGUCAUGCCCUUGAACAGGGCCCGCCUGUCAUCGAGUGCAUCAGUGCCAGAGACCCGUACUGGAACGACACCGAACCGCUUUGUAAAGCUCAGUGCGGGGGCGACCUGAGCGGUCCCGGCGGCAUCAUCCUGUCGCCCAACUGGCCCGAGUGGUAUGGCGAGGGUGAGGAGUGUGCGUGGAGUGUCCACGUCGAAGAAGACAAGAGGGUGCUCAUCGACGUGCAGCUUCUGAACAUCAGCGACGGCGACUUGCUGACUGUGACGGACGGCGACGACGGCGCCGCCCGCCUGCUGGGCCGCUACGCGGGGGGACGCACCCCCUUCAAGCUCUUCUCCAGCACCCCCGAUCUCAGUGUCACCUUCCACUCGGACCCGGCUGGACUCGUGCAGGGCAAAGGGGAGGGCUUCAUCAUCAACUACAUGGAGGUUUCCCGCAACGACUCGUGCACUGACCUUCCAGAGAUCCAAAAUGGCUGGAAAACGCGUAGCGACGGCGUGGCAGUACGCGGCGCCCGCGUGACCUACCAGUGUGACCCGGGAUAUGACCUGCAGGGCGGCGCCACCGUCACGUGCCAGCUGGACCUUUCGUGGAGCGCACAGCCACCAUUUUGUCAGAAGAUCAUGUAUUGUACGGAUCCGGGUCAUGUGGAGCACGCCACCCGCUCCCUGUCAGACUCCAAGCUGCUUGUGGGGACCACCAUCCGGUACCGAUGCAGCCCCAGGUACAUCCUACAGGGUGGCGCCACCCUCACCUGCUACGGCCGUGAGCCGGGGACGCCCGUGUGGACCUCGCACCUCCCGCGAUGCAUCCCCAAGGACUCCCUAUUGUGUGCCAACCCCGGCGUCCCCGACAACGGUUACCAGGUGACGUCCAAGCGCGUCUUCGAGCCUGGGGAAACGCUGGCCUUUGUCUGUUACCAUGGUUACCAGCUGGUCGGUGACGUUGCCAUUAAGUGCGUCCAGGGAAGCCCCUCCUACUGGAGUGGCCCACUGCCCAUCUGCAGGGCUGACCAUGCCUGCUUUGCCAACCAUGCUUUGGAAGUGUCACGUGCCGGCGGUGGCGUAGGCGCGGUGGUGGACGGCGGCAGUUUGGCACUGGUCGCGUUCAUCUUGGUUCUGCUGAUAUCCGUGCUGCUGGGAGGCAUUUACUUGCUGGCCAUGCGGGGCCGCCCUGGCUCCAACCUCGGUCUGCCACUGGUGUACCAGCACCCCUAUCGGCAGAUCACCGUGGAGGCCGAAAUUGACAACCCGCUGUACGAGGCGGGCAGCGGGCCUAGCCCCCCCGUCUGCUUUGUGUGCAGGACUCUUGUGAAUAUGAAGUCUCCAUUUGAAGAACUCUGCCCACGCCCCACCCCUUGGGAGGAGGUGAUGUAAAUAGCCUAGUUGAUGUCCCUCCCCCUUCUGAUGCCCAUUGGCGUGGAGGCCAAGUAGGCGGGGCCAUGGCCAAGCUGCCACAGGAAAGACAGGAAGUAGAACAAAGAGGCCAAGGCCAAUGAUGGCUAUGAGUUUUUUUGUCACAUACACAGAAUUAUGAUCACUUGUGACGAUGACAUCAUUUUUGUAGAAACAACUCCCACUUCCCACAAGCCUGUCAGUCUGAGCUGAAUCGAUGCUAAGCUAACAGGAAUGCUAAGCUAAUGUUCAAGACAACCUCAUGAAAAGCCUGCAUGGAGGUUUUGUUUGUUUUGUUGCCCCCUGCUGACGAGCAGUGACAUUGUUUUCAAUUUUUCUUGAUCACGUGUUGCUGCCCUUCUCACGUUGUAUGGAGUGUAAAUAUGUAAAUGCAGUAGUUGAAUAUUCCUUUCAUCUGUUCAUGUCAUAAUAAUGACAUCCAUCCAUUUUCUUUACCACUUAUCCUCACUAGGGUAUUGUCGCGGGCGUGCUGGAGCCUAUCCCAGCUAUCUUCGGGCAAGAGGCGGGGUACACCCUGAAUUGGUCGCCAGCCAAUCGCAGGGCACAUAUAAACAAACAACCAUUCGCACUCACAUUCACACCUACGGACAAUUUAGGGUCUUCAUUUAAUUAACCUACCAUGCAUGUUUUUGGGAUGUGGGAGGAAACCGGAGUACCCGGGGAAAAACCACGCAAAACUCCACACAGGUGGGGCCGGGAUUUGAACCCCGGUCCUCAGAACUGUGAGGCAGAUGUGCUAACCAGUCGGCCAUUGUGCCGUCCACAAUAAUGACAAUAAUGUCAUAUUUAUGUGAUGUGAUGAUUCGUGUACUACAUUUUCUUCUUUAGCAGGAGUGAAAAACUAAAUGUGAAUAAACUUUGGUAAUGUGUGUCUA